GACGAGACGGAAAGCAGGAAGUACUAGGAGUCGCAAUAGCUAAAGGGGUAGUUUGAAGAGGUUUGUGUUGGCGGAACGGGGCAAUUAUUCACCUAAAGGAACGUUUAAUACAACGCAGCAUUCCGUGACGGAGGAAGGAAGUACAGGUUGGAGCCGUGAUGAGUCGCAGCCGGAAUCCACCACAAAAAGGCCAAGGAGCCGCCCGAGCCAGACAGAUGGGUUUGCUGUUGGAUCUGUCUCCGGACGCUGGCCUGGACGAGUUUGGUGGGAAUGAUGAGGAUUUGGAGGCGGAGCUCUUUAAUCUGAUUGGAGAAGACGGAGGUGGCAGGGGUGGGACGCAGGGAAAGAAACCCGGUGGGAAAGAUCCUGUCCCCAUGGAGGACAUUGAGCGCAUGGCCGCUUUGUGCAUGAAGGACCUGGACGAGGACGGAGAUGAAGAUCCAGAUCUGGAGAACGACGCCGAUCUCCUGGCUGAACUGAAUGAGGUUCUGGAGGAUGAUAACGAAGCACCAGUUCCUGCACCAACCCCGCCUCAGCACUCUAAUAUCACCCCCAAAUCCACCCCGACUACCCCGAGCGGUGCAGGAGGAUUGGAAUCCCUCCUGCAGGAACGUUUCGAUAUGUACCAUGCAGCCAUCACCAAUGCAAAAGCUUCAGGAGAAGCCAGCAAGGCUCGCAGAUACGACCGUGGACUGAAGACACUACAGACCAUGCUGGUGUCCGUGAAAAAAGGAAAAACCAUUAACAUGGAGGAGAUCCCGCCUCCCGUCGCUACCGGCGCUAAACCCCCCCCCGUGCAGCAGGAGCCAAUCAGAGGAGAGCCUGCAGCUCUGAAGACCAAUGAGAAGCUGGUGCAGGAGGCAAAACCUGUAGCCCGGGUAAAUCCUCAGCUCCUGCAACCGGCCAAUCAGAGAACACCAGCUGUGACCCCGGAUACACCGGCGAUAUCGCCAUUAACUCCAGUCCAGCCCAGUGCUCAACAUUCAGUGUGUGUGUGUCUUGCAGAGCUGAAGGCCAGUGUGUUGAGCAGACAGCGGGAAUAUAAACUGGCUGCUAUUCAGGCUAAACAGAGCGGAAACGCAGACCUCGCCCGACAACACCUCGUCAUUGCCAAGAAGUUGGACUCUGUAGUAGAGGCGAUGGACAGAGGAGAGCAUGUUGAUGCCGGCUCACUGCCGCCCCCUCCUGGAGAUGUAGUUGGGCGUUCUCCUCCGGCUCUUCAAACUGCAUCCGUCAAACCCACCCCUGCACCUCCACCCCCCAAACCCACUUCUGCACCUCCACCCGCUGCUGCUCCAGCACCUGAAGCUUCUCUCCCUGCUCCCCGGAACCUCGCUGAGGCUCUGCAGCAGCGCAUGGACAAAUAUAAGAGCGCCGCAGAGAGCGCCAAGAGCAAAGGAGACGAGCGGAAAGCUCGCAUGCACCAGCGCAUUGCUAAGCAAUAUCAAGAUGCCAUUAAGGCGCACAAAGCAGGACGACCUGUCAAUCUAGCAGAACUUCCAGUACCUCCAGGUUGUCCUCCUCUACAGGGCGCAGAAAGCGCAGAGCAAAACUUCCUGGGUGUCCUGGAAACAGCUGUGAAACUGGCCAAUCAGGACGCAGAUGCAGGAGACGACGAUGAUGAUGAUGGGCCAGAGGAGGAAGUGGCAAAGCCAGCGGUGCGUCCUGCAGCACAGAAAGCUCGAGCCCCCGUCCCCUCACACUCCUCAUCCCCUGCAGUGACCCCACCGGCUUCUGCAGACACCUCCAAAAUGGGGCUUAAAGCUCAACAGCAGCUGGACUUCCUGCUCCGUCGCAGACAGCAGUUUGUUAAGGCGGCGUUGCGCUCCAAGCAGAUGAAGGACGUUCAGGGAGCAUCACAGCACCUGCGCAAUGCAAAGGGACUCGACCCCAUGAUCACUGCAGCCAAAGGAGGCCUGCCUGUGGAUAUCAGCAAGGUUCCCAGUGCCCCAGUGAGCGAGGAAGACUACACCCUCUCUAAUUCUCGCUCGUCUCGUUCGUCCCAGCAGUACACUCAGCUCAUGGAGCGUCUCCGGCAGCAGCACGAGAAAUGCCUGAACUACUUGCAGCAGUUCACUCAAAUGGGCAACAUGGCAGAGACCUUGAGAUUUGAGAGGCUGGCUGAGGAUUGUAUGAGUGAUAUUGAGCUCCUGAAGAAAGCUCAUGCGAAAGGUUAUCCUGUUCCAGGUUACCACACAGAGGAGCGCACCGUCAACACCGUCAAGAUUUACCCCAAUCUGACUGCAGGUGAGAUGGAGCUGACCAUCAUUAAAGGGAUCAACCUGCCCACCCCAGGAUUUGCGGCGAGUGAUUUGGAUGCUAGUGUGCGCUUUGAGUUUCCCUUCCCCAGUUCGGAAGAAGCUCAAAGGGACAAAACCAACACUGUAAAAGGGACCAACUGCCCAGAGUUCCGAGCGCAGUUCAAGCUGCACAUCAACCGAACACACCGCAGCUUUAAGAGAGUGGUGCAGACGAAAGGCAUCCGCCUCGAGGUUGUACACAAAGGUGGCCUCUUUAAGAACGAUAAGGUGGUGGGAACUGCCCAGCUGAAACUCGAAGCACUGGAGAAUCUGUGUGAGAUCAGGGAGAUUAUAGAGGUGCUGGAUGGUAGGAAGGCAACAGGAGGGAAGCUGGAGGUGAGGGUGAGGAUCCGAGAGCCCUUGGGCGGAGUCCAGCUCCAGUCGAUUACGGAGAAAUGGAUCGUUGUGGAUCCACCGGCCGUCACCCCCGACCGAGAGAGAACGAAAGAUAGAGUCCGGGCACCUUCACCCAAAUCCAAGAGCAACAGUGAUCAAGCAAAGAGCAGCCAAUCGAGUCUUUCACCUCCUCCAUACAAACUACACAGCUUCAGCCUUCUCAAUUAUGACAAAGAACGACUGGAGAAGAAGAUCGGUGAUUAUAAGAGAAACAGACGGGAUCCACCACCAGACCUGCUGAAUCAGCAUAAAGAGAUUUGUCACCGACUUCACUGGCAAAAAACCUACCUGGAGAAAGGGUCCUCAGUGGCGUUAUCAGAGUAUGACAGUGUGUUAAAUAAGUUUGCAUGCGGUCUGUCCGAUUCAGUGAAGAAGUUUUCCAGUGAAGGCAACCGAGAAGCAGCUAAAGAAGCUCUGGGGAGACUGAAGAUGGUGGAGGCUGAGAUGGAGUCUCUUAGGAGAAAGCGUGCCGCGUGAACACGUGCAGGAGGCGGAGCUUCACUUGGAGAAACGUUCACACACUCCCGCUGUCUCGUACACACACACACACACACUCUCCCGAUGCUCUAGUCCUGACAAUUAAUCACCUCGAAGUCUUUCAGGAAGUCAUUCAUGGUACUUGACCUAUAAACAUGGUCUAUAUGGAAGGCCAACGAGUUAUUAUUUUAGAUUCCCUUAACCAAAGUACACGCGUGUAACCCUGUGUGUGUGUGGUGUGUGUGUCUGUGAGUGUGUGUGUGGUUACAUUUCUUUAACCUAGCUACAAUUUAACAAUUUAAUUUAAUGUAAGUCACUUUUAUGCAAAUUAGUUUUACAGCACAUCCAAAUUCUUUUUUCCAUUCAUGCAUAUGUCGCACCCAAAUUUUUCCGAAAAGCAAAAUGCAGAUCUCUCUCUCUCUCACACACACACACACACACACACACACAGUGUGACUGACUGUGUUAAAAGGAAAGGGAUUUUAGAAAAACACAAACACUCCAGUAAUGUUAGACCUCUGUGGCCACCCAUAAGACCAGGAUCAGACGACUACAGCGUCGUAUUCCUGAAGCACUUUUUAUGUUUUAUGUUAAAUGUUUGUUUGCGUAAAAUGAAACGAACACACACUACAGGACCUUUACUUACUGACUAUAAAACUAAUGUAGCCAACACGUUUUUUUUUAUUAAUAUUUUAAAAUUGUAACUAUAUUACCUGAUUUUUCCAACUUUAGGCCACGCCUCCUUCUAGAGUCUGAUGUUUAGGGCAGAGUUCCAGCAUGAUAAAGCGUGUGUGUGUGUGUGUGUGUGUGUGUGUGUGUGUGUAUAAUAUAAUGUCGACAAAAGUUUGUAGACACCUGAACAUCCCAUUCUCCAUUUGCCAUCAUAAUAUUCUCCACUCUUCUGGGAAGAUUCUAAAUUUUGUGGAGAUUCGUUCAGCCACAAGUUUGUUAGUUUAUCAGGUACAUCAGGUAGUGAUGUAGGUGAGAUGAGGAGGCCUGGGGUGCAGUCAGUGUUCACAUUCAUCCCAAAGAUCUUCCAACGCAUGGAAAGCAGAUCUUCAUGGAGCUGGCUUUGUGCACAGAGGCAUGCUGGAACAGGUUUUGGGUCUCCUAGUUCAAGUGCUGGGAAAAUAUCCUGUGUCCAAAGACGUCCUGUACAAUUGUGUGUCUUGAAUUUUGUGGGAACGGUUUGGGGAGUCAGGUGUCGCAAUACUUCUGGAGAUAUAUACUAUAUAAUAGGGUGUUGUAGGCUGCAGCUUGUCCCUUUGGCUCCAGUAGACUUUUAAAGCUUUGAAUUUAAGUCCACAGAAGACACUAAUGUUCUGUGAUGACCUUGUAUCAAAAGAUCUCUGUAUACAUUUGGAUUUUUUUGGCCUAAGCCACUUCUAUACAAGCGAUCGUUUGCACGUGAUGAGGCGUCCAGCAGAAAUCCUUACUUUUCUCCAUCUGCUAUCCGUCUCCAUGCUUUCCUGUGCCUUGUGUGUGUGUGUGUGUGUGUGUGUGAGAGAAUGGUGUAAAUCCUUAUACAGAGCAUAUGAAGAGUAAUCUGGUCUCUGCACCGGGUCCUGCUUAAUCCUUUCCCCGGCGCAGCUCAGCAUGCUGUGAUACGGGGAUUGUGUUAACACUCCACCUGUGAAGUCGAAAGGGGAUGGGAUGGGAAUAGAGGCUUGUGGGUGUGUUUUGGGAAGUAGAGCAGGGGUGAGGAUCAUGACCCAUAAUCUAGGAUUAACCCUUGUCUGGUUGCCCGGGUGACCUUUGAUCUGGAGUAGGGAGGAAGGGGGGGGUACCUACACCAUCUGUGGGACGAUUCAUGAAGAGCAUUUGGAGGAAAUGAAUGGAUCCAUGUCUUACUCUUUUCUUCUACCCAUCAUUAUUAUUAUUAUUACCUGAUGCAUGGCCUCUCUGGAUUUCUGUAUCUAAUUAAAGCCAUAUCAUUGUUCAGCUCUCUUCGAGCUCUCCUAAACCAGUGAUCAGGUGCACAUAAUGGUUUUUGAGAACAUUGAGACAUGACUGCUACGUCCCAAACGCUAACAUUUGUGAGAAGAGUUUAUUCAUAUUGUAAACAAAAUAGCUGGGAAAUCGACGUAUGUACGAAUGUAGCGCGACUAUAUUGGGUACCCAAACUAGCGCAUGCAAACACCCGAAAAAUACCAACUAUCCAGAAGGUUUUUCUUUGUAUACCCUCGAAAGAAAGUGCAGAUUCAGAUUUAUCUAUCACUGAGAACUAAUUUUGGCAUGUAAAUUCUCAUUCUAUCUUGGUUCAAGUGCUCGGUUACAGAGAUCAUCACCGGUUGAAUCAGUGCUGGCCGAGACUUGUUUAUUUUAGCCACACCCACUUUGCCUGAGACUCCUCCUUCCUGUCUAAAUUAACCCCACCCUAUCGGGGUUGUGGACUCGUCACUGGCCAAGCCCACUUAAAAACGUCCCAAAGGACAUCCGAUUGGGUUCUGCCCCCAAAACGUUAGCAAUGAUUCAUAAAUGUAGCAUGAAUUUUGAAAAAGAAAAGAGGAUCGCAGUCACAGAACAAAUUUUAAUCUCAUGUUCAGCCAGGAAACAAGCUCCAUCAAGUCAUGUUCCUGAGAAAACAUCUCACGAGAAAGCAGUGUGAAGCCAGCAUGAUAUCGUCCUAUCAGUCAGGUGUUAAUCGGUCACCAGGUCAAAACCAGCCAUUUUCCUAACCUUUCUCACACUCGCUCAACAUCUGAUCACUUUGAUGAGCAGGUGUAUUUUCUUGUAUUUGUGGAAAUUGAACAGUGCCACCUACAGGACAGCACAACAAUGUCGUCUCCGCAGUAUGUUAGACGCAAUACCUUCCACACUCCCUCCUCUGUGAUAAUAUAAUAAUGUGGGUCAAAUGUAUGUAUUAAUGUGUGUAUGAGGAAUUUUCGGGCAGUGAUCCUUUAACACUGUGUGUAACACGAGGUGAUGGCUUUGAAUGUCAUUUUGAUUAAUAUGAUGCUGAUGUUGGGGCAAAUAUAUUAUUUUGAUGGUUUAUUAAAAGUAUGAAAUAUG